UGCAAGCUGCAUCGUAAAAGCUGGCAGCUGCUUAUGGUUCGCGGGCGAUUAUCGAUUGUCGAAGCUUCGAAGUGUGCCGAGCUUGCUGUAGGGAUAAUCGUUGCCCGUGUGAUUCAAGGGCUGAAGUUAAGGAGGAUCGGAAUCAACCGCGGGGUCGACGAGCACUCGAGAGAGAAAGAGAGAAGGGAAAGGGAGAGAGGAGGGAGGGAGAGAGAGGGAGAGCGAGAGAGAGAGAGAGAGAGAGAGAGACACCCCGCCCGUAACGACGACAUACGGCAAGUGCAAGUGGGCGUCGUCGUCAGGUUAGGUUCACCACGAAACUCGGUUACGUUUUUGCCGAAAGAAAGAAGGGGCGGUCGAAGAAAGCGAGUUUUUCACAAACUGGCGAGCCUGACAAGCUGCGUGACGACAAUGAUGGAUGACGAUGAUCAGGAGGAGCUUCACUGUACCGGAAGUGACGUGGAGAUCGAAGAAUACACCGACACAGAGGAGACGCCAUAUGCGGCAUAUCAGCCGGCAGAUAAGCUCUUUGACACCGAUCGUCCCGGCUGGCAAAAGUUUCGCUUUCUGGGGACUUUGAUGGUUGUCGUUACUUCGGUUACCAUGCUGGUUAUCGUGUUUCCGCUUUAUCUGGAAAGUGUCAGCGCUGUUUCCAGCGCUUAUACAGGACUGUUGUUCACCUCCAUCAGUUCGACGCUUCUCCUCGGAGUAGCGACCUUUGUCGUCGGUCGCGUAUCGCCGCCUCCACCGAUGGUCCCCAACAGUAUGAAGGUGAGAAUACCCCGGUGUUCGAUGACGAAGAUCGGCGCCGUUUACGCCCUAACCGGGAUCUUCCUGACCCUGUCUCUUGACCAGAACAGGGUCCUCUGCCACGUGCAGGACCCCGUCAAGGCAAUCACGCUCUUCUUCUCGCUGGUCUACUACUUCUUCUUCGGUCGAAAGAUGAUGACGCUCCAACGCAUAUUUUCCAUCACUACCAUUCUCGUUGGGCUCUUCAUAAGCGUCGACUACGGACUCUGCGACGAGUUUCGUUGCAGAGGAAGGGAAGUCUCGGCUCACACAGCCUCAAUUAGAGGCUCUUGGGGCACCAGAGCCGUCUGGACCCUCGUUUACUUCGCCAGCCUCGCCUCUUUAGCCAUGUUCUUCACCAUGCUCGAGAGGCAUUACGCCAGCGCUCAAAACAUCAGCCCGCUUAUGACGACGCAGAACAAUUCCUUCCUCUACACGGUCUCUCGACUUGUUUCGUCGCGAGACAUUCGACGCCGCGGUUCCGAGGAGGAGGGUGGAAGGCUGUUGCACGUCACGGAUCCGGACCCGAAUAUCAAGCCAAAGAAUUUCCCAAAGCCACCGAUCCUCCAAACUCUGCUCUACAUCCACCUUACCUCGAUGGUCAUAGUCGUUGCUCUGAGCUGGAUGGACACUUUGCCCGGAGUUGGAAGGGGUAUGUCGCCUCUUGAGCUCUAUCGGAGGGUGGAUAACGGGCUGCUCUGUCAUUUCCGGAGCACAAACGACUGCGCGAAUGUAUCCGGCCACGGUUGGAUCUUCCUCGUGGCUUACGUGGCCUUCGCCAUAUCGACGCUCAAGUUUCUCUCGAUGUGCGAAAGCGCGGUUUUCACCGUAGCCGCGGCCACCGUCGCUCUACCCGUUUCCGGCAUAUGGUGGAGCAUCUACAAAAUGGACGUCGGCGUUAACGGAGGAACGAUUUUCUGGUCUCCGGGAGUAACUGGCGAACUGAUCUGCGCCCUGCUCGGUCUUCCGGUGGUUCUGCUUGGUCUUGGCCUCUUGGUGCGAGCUCACUUCAAGGACAACAAUCAGCCGUAUCAUUCGGUCCAACCGGCCUCCUUCGUUCGGCAGGAGUCUCAGGAUUCCGAAAGAUGAAUCUCGUCGAGGAUAAGUAUCCGCAUAACGACUUCCCAGAUUCUCGCCUCGGGAUACAGGUUUUUAAGAAAAUACCGCAUAUUCGUAUAAAUAUGCUACUGUAUUUAUAACCAGCACAUAGUAUAACACAAACGAGCGCGAAGAGCGGAAGACUAUGUUCGAAAAAAAAAAAAAAAAAAUGGAAAAAGGGAGAUACUUAGUCCGCUAUAUUUUGUUUGUUGAAA